UUUAGAAACUCUGCUCCUGCCAUUCUCUUGGAGAAGAGUUGCGCUUGCGUUGCGUUGCUAAGCAUUGAGGAACAUUAAUUUGGUCAGGUUGGGGAGCUUCAUCCGCAAAGUUUGUUCUUACUUCUUACACAUUGAUUUUACAGCCGUGGAACACUUCAACAACGAGUGGUCUCAGUGCAUGUUCGCCCAUCGCUAAUUAUAAAUAUAAAUUGGAGCCUCUUUCUACCAAAUAGCAGUCACAGAGUCCAAGAAUAAAGAUGGAGAAUGGAAGUCUCAACCAUGGUGUGGACACGGGUUCAACCAUCACCAUCAAAGGCAUUCUUAGCCUGUUAAUGCAAAAUAUUACUAGUAACAAGAGGGUGAUUUCUCUAGGCAUGGGUGACCCUUCUGCUUAUUCCUGCUUUCAUACUACCCAUGUUGCUCAAGAGGCUGUUGUUGAUGCUCUCCAAUCUGACAAGUUCAAUGGUUAUGCACCAACUGUUGGUCUUCCUCAAACUAGAAGAGCAAUUGCUGAAUAUUUGUCUCGUGAUCUUCCAUACAAGUUAUCAUCUGAUGAUGUUUUUAUCACCUCUGGUUGCACACAAGCCAUUGAUGUUUCGCUGGCAAUGCUUGCCCACCCUGGUGCAAAUAUCUUGCUUCCAAGGCCAGGCUUCCCAAUUUAUGAACUUUGUGCUGGAUUUAGGCAUCUUGAAGUUCGGUACGUUGAUCUUCUCCCUGAUAAAGGCUGGGAGGUUGAUCUUGAUGCCGUUGAUGCUCUUGUAGAUCACAACACUGUUGCAUUGGUAGUUAUAAACCCUGGGAAUCCUUGUGGAAAUGUAUACAGUUACGAACAUCUAAAGAAGAUCGCAGAAACUGCAAAAAAGCAUAAAAUUCUUAUAAUUGCUGACGAAGUAUAUGGGCACCUUGCUUUUGGGAAAAAUCCAUUUGUGCCAAUGGGAGUUUUUGGAUCUGAAGUUCCUGUUCUCACACUUGGGUCUCUAUCAAAGAGAUGGAUAGUUCCCGGAUGGCGACUUGGUUGGUUUGUGACAAGUGAUCCAAGUGGCAUGUAUCGGGAACCCAAGACCGUCGAGCGUAUUAAGAAGUAUUUUGAUAUUCUGGGGGGCCCUGCAACCUUCAUUCAGGCAGCGGUUCCCCACAUCCUUGGGCAAACUGAUGAGGCUUUCUUCAAGAAAACUAUUAAUUUGCUAAAGAAUGCAUCAGAUAUUCUCUGUGAUACCAUAAAGGAGAUCCCUUGCAUUACUUGUCCCCUAAAACCUGAGGGAUCUAUGGCAGUAAUGGUGAAAUUGAAUAUUUCGCUACUGGAAGACAUCAGUGAUGAUAUUGAUUUCUGUUUCAAGCUGGCCAAAGAGGAAUCAGUUGUCAUUCUUCCAGGAAUUGCUGUGGGGCUAAAAAAUUGGCUUCGUAUUACUUUUGCUGUUGAUUCUUCUUUUCUUGAAGAAGGUUUAAGAAGGACGAAAUCCUUUUGUCAAAGACAUGCAAAACAGUUACAAAGAUACUAAACUAUUGAAGUCAAUAAAGUGUGAUGCUCAAGUCAUUGGUCUUGUCAUUAAAAUUUCUCCCAAAAUUUCCUGACAAAUAAAUUUUGUUAUACACUUAUACAGGGCAAAGUUAAUCAGUAAAAAUAUAUCAGAUAUUGUUGACAUUUAUGUAAAGUGUAAACUGUCUCCUUUGAAGUUGUACAUCACAUCGCUUCAGUUAUAAUAAUCAAUAUGCUAUAUUAUUGAUUCUAAUA